CAUGAAAGGGAGAUCCUAGUUAUUGCUUCUUAGAAACUAGGUAUUUAUUCGUUGUAAUAUGCUCUUCUGGUCCCAACUUUCAACUCGUACAUCUAGGGGCAAAAUUUGAAGAUUAAUGGACACACUCAAGAUGGCGAAAGAGUUGGCGACUGAGACGCAGAGGGCGCAAACGGAAGCGGAAGUUCACUUGCUGCCUGCAUGUGCUGCUGCUACUGUGAACGGCGCUGGGUUGAGGUUUGGGAAGCUGGGAUUGAGUGACAUUCAUCCUUUUCAUUAUGGGCAAGAAGAGCAAAGUCGGCAAGAGUCGGCGGGACAAGUUUUAUCACCUGGCAAAGGAGACUGGUUAUCGUUCCCGCUCUGCUUUCAAGCUGAUCCAACUCAAUCGCCGCUUUCAGUUCCUGCAGAAAGCUCGAGCCUUGUUGGAUCUGUGUGCUGCGCCAGGAGGCUGGCUUCAGGUGGCUGCCAAGUUUAUGCCUGUGUCCAGCCUUAUUGUGGGAGUGGACUUGGUUCCAAUCAAGCCUCUCCCCAAUGUGGUGACUCUCCAGGAGGACAUCACUACAGAACGAUGUAGGCAGGCCCUGAGGAAGGAGCUGAAGACCUGGAAGGUUGAUGUUGUACUCAAUGAUGGGGCCCCCAAUGUUGGGGCCAGCUGGGUCCAUGAUGCUUACUCACAAGCCCACUUGACACUGAUGGCUCUACGUCUGGCUUGUGAUUUUUUGGCUCGUGGUGGUUGCUUCAUCACAAAGGUUUUUCGUUCUCGAGAUUAUCAGCCCUUGCUGUGGAUAUUCCAGCAGCUGUUCCGCCGGGUCCAGGCCACAAAACCCCAAGCCUCUCGCCAUGAAUCUGCAGAAAUCUUUGUAGUCUGCCAGGGAUUUCUGGCUCCUGACAAGGUUGACAGUAAAUUCUUCGAUCCCAAGUUUGCCUUCAAGGAGGUUGAAGUUCAAGCUAAGACUGUUACUGAGUUGGUGUCCAAGAAGAAGCCAAAGGUUGAAGGCUAUGCUGAGGGUGACCUUACUCUUUAUCACCGCACUUCAGUCACUGACUUCUUGCGAGCUGCCAACCCUGUUGACUUCCUCUCCAAGGCCAGCGAAAUUUCAAUAAAUGAUGAAGAAUUGGCACAGCAUCCAGCCACCACUGAAGACAUACAGGCAUGCUGUCAGGACAUCAGAGUGCUGGGGCGCAAGGAGCUCAGGUCACUACUGAACUGGAGAACAAAACUUCGACGAUAUGUGGCCAAGAAGCUAAAAGAGCAAGCAAAGGCACUAGACCUCAGUCUCAGCUCAGGAGAGGAGGAGGAAGGUGAGGAAGAGGAGGAGUCAACAGGUGGAACCACAAAGCAGCUUUCCAAGGAGGAGGAAGAAGAGGAGCAACUAAACCAAACCCUGGCGGAGAUGAAAGCCCAGGAGGUAGCAGAAUUAAGGAGGAAGAAAAAGAAGUUGCUACGUGAGCAGAGAAAGCAGCGGGAACGAGUAGAACUGAAGAUGGAUCUGCCUGGGGUUUCCAUUGCGGAUGAGGGGGAGACAGGCAUGUUCUCCCUGCGCACCAUUCGGGGUCACCAGUUGUUAGAGGAAGUAACACAAGGUGACAUGAGUGCUGCAGACACAUUUCUGGCUGAUUUGCCAAGAGAUGACAUCUAUGUGUCAGAUGCCGAGGACGAUGAUGAUGCAUCUCUGGACAGUGAUCUGGAUUCAGAGGAGUUGGCAGGAGUCAGUAGACAUCAAGGUCUAAAGGACCAAAAGAGUGUGCGGUUUACUCAAGUAGAUAAUGAUAAAGAGGAGGAGGUGGAAGAAGAAAAUCCACUGUUGGUACCACUGGAGGAAAAGACAGUGCUGCAGGAAGAACAAGCCAAUUUGUGGUUCUCAAAGGAUGGCUUCAGUGGGAUUGAGGAUGAUGCUGAUGAGGCCCUGGAAAUCAGUCAGGCCCAAUUAUUAUAUGAGAGCCGCCGGAAGGGGCAGCAGCAAAGAAACCAGCAGCCACCACCACCUUCCAGUUUAAAGACUGAGAAGAAGUCUCCUCAGUGCCAGGAUGAGAUCCCUAAGAGGAUAGAGGCUCCCUCCGGAACAAAAAGUGCCACUCAUCCUGGAGGGGAAGAAAGAGAUGGCAGCUCAGAGAGUGAUAGCAGUAGCAGCGAGGAUGAAGAGAGCUGGGAGUCUUCCCAUGGUAAAAAGCGAAGCCGGAGAUCUAAGCCUGAUGACGACGGGUUUGAGGUAGUGCCUAUCGAGGACCCAGUGAAACAUCGGAUUCUAGAUCCUGAAGGCCUUGCUCUAGGUGCUGUAAUUGCCUCUUCCAAAAAGGCCAAGAGAGACCUUAUAGACAACUCCUUCAACCGGUACACAUUUAAUGAAGAUGAGGAGGAGCUUCCAGAGUGGUUUGUACAGGAAGAGAAGCAGCACCGGAUAAGACAACUGCCUAUCGAUAAGAAGGAGGUGGAGUAUUACCGGAAACGCUGGCGGGAAAUUAAUGCACGUCCUAUCAAGAAAGUGGCUGAGGCCAAGGCUAGAAAGAAACGGAGGAUGCUGAAGAAGCUGGAGCAAACCAAGAAGAAGGCAGAAGCUGUGGUGAACACAGUGGAUAUCUCAGAACGAGAGAAGGUGGCACAGCUAAGAAGUCUCUACAAGAAGGCUGGGCUUGGCAAGGAGAAACGCCAAGUCACCUAUGUUGUAGCUAAAAAAGGUGUGGGCCGCAAGGUGAGGCGGCCAGCUGGAGUUAGAGGUCAUUUUAAGGUGGUGGACUCCAGGAUGAAGAAGGAUCAGCGAGCACAACAACGUAAGGACCAGAAGAAAAAACAGAAGCGGAAGUGAGAGCUAUCUCCUUCUAGGAAGAUUAUAAAACUAAGGGAAGAUAUGGUGCUGCUCACAUCAUAGUUGACUGAGUAGGCUGGGAGGUGGAGCUACAAGAUGAUGUCAUUAUGGUUGGAGGAUGGUCCCUCAGACCCCAUACUCCUGCAUGGUGCUGAAUGAAGAGUCAGAUCAUUAAAUCUUAAGGAAUUUUAGCAUUGGCCAUGUUUGUUAUAGCCUAUUCUUGGGCAAGUGGGCUUCUUGAGUCUUCUGAAUAAAAACCAAAAUGAUAGCACAGA